AUGGCAGGACUUCGGAUGCAUUUGGGAUCUGGUUCUGAUCAAAUGGCAAUUCCCAUUGUCAGUGGCAAGGAUUUUCUCAUUAUCAGAGAGGCAGUGGGCCCCGCACUCUUGGUGCCAUGGGAUCAAUUGGCCGGUGAACUCCACAUGCUUCUGGCGAACUUCCGCCCUGACCGGGCCCUCGAGGUCGAACUGGCCCCCUACCGGCCCUCGAGCAAAGCGCAGGUCGUGGGAGGCUUUCUGCUUCAGUCUCCAAACACGAUCGUUUGGCGAUUUCUGCCCAAGACGAUCGAGGAUGUCUGGCACCACUUCCAGGACUUCCGCCUCCACGUUCUCCUGCACCAGCUAUCCGACUGGGAUCCUCAUCUUUGGCGAAAGCACUUGGGAGUGGCCUUCCCCGUCUUUGGUGGUCUCCACUGGUGCGGAUCUGUGAAUCGAUACCCUGGAUUCAACCGGCAGCUUGCUGAAUCGCGGAAGAGCGACAACUACUUCAACAAGAUCUUCAUGAUGCUUGCCAUCGCUGAACACCAAGGCUUUGAAUGGAUAGUAUCAGUUGAUGACGAUGUAUUCUUGCCGCCCUUUUCAUUCAUGUCGUUGGUGAGAAGCGGGCCAAUGGCCGACAAGCGUGGCUGUGGAGUGGUCUUGCCAUUGACUCAGAACGGCAUCCCUUCAACAGAGACUUUUGCGCGUCAUUGGCUUUCUGCACCCGACCGUGGGCAGCUCUUCCGUUGCUUUUCACAGAGCUCAGGGCAGUUCUGCCGCGACGGCAGCCUGAUGCACUGCUGCCGCGGUGGAGAGGCGGUAGACGCGAAAGAGAUUCCGGCGGUGCCCAUCCCGGAACCUUGGAACGAGGUGGAGUGGUACAACUCAGUGGCUGAGCGCUUUGAGUUGAGGUGGUGGAAGAAUCACCCGGUCUCUGGGAAUUUGACCUGUAUGAUUUUGGCGCUGAACCUGGCGCUGAAGGGUUUGGACCAGAAAUGGUUUCGUCCCAUUUGGGAUGUGGAUAGUUUAGUGGUGGAUCGGGAACUCAAGUAUCCUUACUUUGCGAACAAUGUCUUCCUGAUGCGGACCGACCGCUACGUGCGAGUGAUCGAGCAUCCAGACUGCUGCCAUGGGACCGAUGAACGGAUGAUGAACCAACUGCUCAGGGAAGAGAAAGCGCCGUUGUGCUUCGAGACACAAAGCUUUGGGAUUCAUCCUGCUUGGGGCAACUUCGGUCAGACUAUGAAGAACACCGUGGAAAGCCAGACCGUCUCACUGCUGCAGGAUUUGUUCCCUGCGGAAUGGUUUGCAAAGAGGCAGUGGGAUGGGGGCAAUCUAUCUAUAUGUGAUGUACAGAUGUACGGUGGUUGUAUAGACAUAUAA